AGCAAUUGCACUAAAAUCCAGGAAUCAAAACAGCUGUUUGAGGAUUUAUACCAGCCUAAAGAGCCAAGAUAAACUGUGAAAUAAAAAAGUGCAACAACGUUAUUAGAAGAUGUCGGCAGGAGUUGCAAUCAAAAAAAGAUCCAAAGUACCUGGUGUUAUUAUCACACAAUAUGUGGAAGAAAUACCACCUGGAAAAAGUACUCCAGAUUUCAUCAAGAAACCCAUGGCUAUAAACAUUCAGGAAGGUAAAUCAGCCACUUUCAAAGCAGUGCUGACAGGAGAGCCAGAACCCACCAUCACAUGGGCACGUAAUAAAGGAGAUCUCUCUGAUCCAGAGAAAUACAAUACAAGAUAUGAUAAAAAGGCUGGAGAAUACAUAUUAGAGAUAUUAAAUGUAACAGCUAAUGAGGGAGAUACAUACAAGUGUUUUGCUACAAACACAUUUGGAAAAGCUGUUUGUACGGCUACACUUAAGGUUAGCGAAGCUGGAUUGGGGAAAAACAGGACAGAACAAAAUGAACCUGAAGACUUCAGGAAAAUGCUGAAGAAAACUGUAGUUGUGAAAAAGGUUAAAGAAAAACCCAAGAAAGAGGGAGAAGUUGAUCCAAAAUUUUGGGAGGUGUUAUUAAGUGCCCAUAAAAAAGACUAUGAGCGCAUUUGUCGUGAGUUUGGAAUCACCGAUUUCCGGUGGAUGCUGAAAAUACUUAACAAGUUAAAGAAGGAGAGAGAGGAAGAACAGUCAAAGUAUGUUGAAAAGAUUGAAAGUAUGAAACCAAUAGUGAUUAAACCAAGUGGAAAGGCUGAAUUUGAACUUGAAAUGCAGCUGAAGAAUCCCAGUAGCAAAAUUUAUCUUUACAAGAAUGGUGAAUUGGUUAAUUAUGGUGAUGGCACAGAUAAGUCUUUUAAAUACAAUUUGAAGAAAGUUGGGGAUAAAUAUACAUUUAGCAUUAAUAAUGUUGCCCCAGAAGAUUUAGGCCUCUAUCAAGUGAAUGUUGAAGAUGCAAACAUGUUUACAACUGAAUUAGAGAUUCCUGAUGUGGAAAUUGAUGGCACUCUCAAAGAUGUUAGAGUGUCCAAAGGAAAAGAUGCUACAUUUCAAUGUGUAUUAUCUAGUCCUGUGUCAAAACUUGCCUGGUUUGCCAAUGAUAAAUUAAUUGAGGCAGAUGAUAAAUACGACAUAACAGUGUCAGAAGACAUGCUUACUCACAAACUAGUAGUGAGGAACUGUGGACCAGUGGACAAUGCUACAUACACAGUUACUGCUGGACUUAAAUCAUCCAAAGCAGCGCUAAAUGUGAAAGGACAAAAUGAACCUGAAGACUUUAGAAAAAUGCUGAAAAAAACUGGGGUUGUGAAAAAGGUUAAACAAAAACCCAAGAAAGAAGGAGAGGUUGACCCAGUGUUUUGGGAGAAGUUAUUAAGUGCUCAAAAGAAAGACUAUGAGCGCAUUUGCCGUGAGUUUGGGAUCACUGAUUUCCGAUGGAUGCUGAAAAAACUUAACCAGAUGAAGAAAGAGAGAGAGGAAGAACAGGCAAAGUAUGUUGAAAAGGUUGGAAAAAUGAAACCAAUAGAGGUCAAACCAAGUCGAAAAGCACAAUUUGAACUUCACAUGAAGCUCAAGAAUCCCAAGAGCAAAAUCUCCCUCUACAAGAAUGGCGAAUUGGUUAAUUAUGGUGAUGGCACUGAUAAGUCCUUUAAAUACAAUUUGAAGAAAGUUGGGGAUAAAUAUACGUUUAGCAUUAAUAAUGUUUCCCCAGAAGAUUCAGGCCUCUAUCAAGUGGAUGUUGAAGAUGCAACAAUGUUUACAACUGAUUUAGAGAUUCCUGAUGUGGAAAUUGAUGGCACUCUCAAAGAUGUCACAGUGGACAAAGGAAAAGAUGCUACAUUUGAAUGUGUAUUAUCUAGUCCUGUGUCACAACUUUCCUGGUUUGCCAAUGAUGAAUCAAUUGAGGCAAAUGAUAAAUAUGACAUAACAGUGUCAGAAGACAUGCUUACUCACAAACUAGUAGUGAAGAACUGUGGACCAGUGGACAAUGCUGCAUACACAGUUACUGCUGGAAUCAAGUCAUCCAAAGCAGCGCUAAAUGUGAAAGAUGAUCCGAAUUCCCUCCAUAAGGACAAUGCUGAUCAGUUGGGUAAGGAGCAGGCCAAGAAACUGGAUGGCAGAACAAUGAAAGGAGCUGGUAAUGGUGGAUCCAGCCUGGACGAUGUGAUUGGAAGAGAUGGAAUAAUGGGAGGUGGAACUGGGCAAGAGGGAAAGGGAAGCGGCAAAAUGGGGAAAGAUGGGUUUGGUGAACAUGAACUACUGGGAGAUAGUUCAGGCAAAGAUGCAUCAGGAAAGGACGGAUUAUCAGAUCUUGGAUCAGGAAAAGAUGGACAAUCAGGUGAUAGAUCAGUAAAAGGUGGUUCAGGUAAAGGUGAAGUACCUGGAGCAGGUGGCGAUAUGACAUAUGGAGAUGGAACUGGAGAAACUAAGGAUAAAAAGCAACUUGGAUUUGGUCAGUUGGUCCCUGACACUAACAAGGAACCAGAAGUCCACUUUGUUAGUGGAUUGUCUGCUACUUCGGCCAAUAUUGGAGAAACUGCAGAAUUGUUUUGCACACUCAGCAAUAAGGGCUGUGAUGGAAUAUGGUACAAAGACGGUCAAAAGUUGGAAUCAACAAAUGGGAUAACUAUUUCCAAAGAAGGGGCCCUUCAUAAACUAACAAUAAAGAAUUGUCAGGAGGGAAAUGAAGGGGUGUAUAAAUUUGAAGCAGAAGGACGUAAAUCAGAAGCCAUGUUAUUUAUUGAAGAGCCACCAAAAAUCGAUGCAGAUGCCAUGGAUAAGUUCUCAGAACCUGUUGUCAUAAGAUCUGGUGAGAAUGCAAUAUUCAAGCUUCCGUUUUCAGGAAAGGAUCCAAUGAAAGUGCAGUGGUUUAAAGAUGAAGUGGAGCUUGUGAACGGCCCUGGUAUCAGGAUUGAGAGUUCCUCAACUCAGAGCCGGCUAAUUCUUAAUAAAUGCCAGCGUAAAAACACUGGCGAAAUCAAAAUCAAACUUAAGAACGAAUUUGCCACUGCCGAGGCUACAUCCAAACUCGUUGUUCUUGGCAAACCAACUCCACCACAGGGUCCUAUAGAUGUAAUAGAAAGUUCAUUGUCUGCUAUUGAAUUUAAAUGGAGGCCUCCAAAAGAUGAUGGGGGAUGUCCUGUGACCAACUACAUCCUGGAGCGUCAGCAGGUGGGACGUAACAGCUGGAUUAAAAUUGGAGAGAUCCCUGGACAACCUGUCUACAGAGACACAAAUAUUGACCGUGGCAAGAAGUACUGCUACAGGAUAAGAGCCAAAAAUUCAGAAGGCAUUAGUGAUGUCAUAGAAACUGAUGAUAUUGCAGCUGGCACACUGGCAUUUCCUGGUCCGCCUGCUUCUCCAAAGGUAGUCAGUGCUUUCAAAGACUGCAUUAAUCUAACAUGGCUCCUGCCAACAAAUACUGGUGGAGGGAGUAUUAUAGGCUACAACCUGGAAAAACGCAAAAAAGGCAGUAACCUUUGGAGUCAAGUAAAUCCUCCAGAUGAGCCCAUUAAAGAGAAAAAGUAUGCAGUCAGAGAUGUGAUGGAAGGAGGCGAGUAUGAAUUCAGAGUGCUUGCGAUUAACACAUGUGGUCCUGGCAAACCAAGUGCCCCCUCUGACUGUGUAUUUGCAAGAGACCCCCAGAAGCGUCCUGGGAUGGUUAAAGAUCUUAAAGUAACUGAUUCUAGUUACAACACUUUAUGCCUAGCAUGGACUAAACCAAAUGUGGUCAAAGGAGUGGAAGAUGAUGUAAAAGGGUACUUUGUGGAAAUCAGACCUGCAGACCAACUCGAGUGGAGCCGCCGCAAUGCAAAUGCCAUUAUCCAGACUUCUUUUACUAUAACAGGUCUGAAACCUUUGGCCAUGUACUGGGUAAGAGUAAUUGCAACCAAUGAAGGGGGUGAAGGAGAUCCACAAGGGCUUGACAACUAUGUCAUUGCCAUGCCUCCACCUGUGAAACCAAAAUUCACUGACCGCAAGAUGAAACAUUUCGUGGUUGUCAAAGCUGGAAACACAGUCCGAGUCAGCAUAUGCUAUGAGGCCUCUCCUUUACCAGACAUCAUUUGGUUAAAGGAUAAUUUUCCUGUGGGAAAACAUGUGACAAUUACUAAUUCUGAGAAAGUUUCCCAGCUUCUAAUUCCGACAUCUGAUCGAUCGGACAGUGGCAUCUACACUAUCAUUGUCAAAAAUAUGGUUGGCCAGGAAACCUUCAGUGUAGAAGUUAGAGUCACUGAUGAGCCCAAGCCUCCAGGUGAAGUUCAGAUUGAGCAGAAUGUUGAGGGUACAAUAACUCUCAGCUGGAUUCCAUCUCCUGAUGAGAAACGAGACGACCGACUCCACUACAUGGUGAUGAAACGAGACUCUGUUAAACGGACCUGGUGGACAGUAGCAGAUCACCUCUUCAAUUACAAAUUUACCAACGUUAUUAUGCAAGGGAGAGAGUAUAAAUUCCGUGUAUAUGCUAAAAAUGAUAUAGGACUGUCUGAACCGUCUGAGUCUCCCACAUGGGGAGCUGUUAAAAAGAAAGAAAAACUGAUAAUAAACCAACGAGAACCAAAGAAAUUGAACUUUCAGUCAGCUCCCAAAUUCACAGUGCCUCUGAAACAGCAUGUAGCUCCAAAGGGCUAUGAGUGCUAUAUGAGCUGUGCUGUGAGUGGCAAUCCUACCCCUCAUGUUACCUGGUAUCACAACAACGUUAACAUCAACACAAAUACCAAUUAUUACAUCUCUAACACAUGUGGAGUCUGCUCCAUGCUCAUCCUGAUGGUGGGCCCCAAAGACACAGGGGAGUACAAAGUUGUGGCAGAGAGCCGUUUGGGUCAUGCUGAGAGUUCUACCAUGCUCACAGUCAGAGAAUGAAAAAAAACAAAUGUUGAAACAAGGACAACAAGCUGGAGUACAUGGAUCAUAGCAUGCUGUACUUAGUAUUAAUAGUGGCACAUUACCCUA